UAUUUUCUCAGGCUGCACUGUUUUUGUGUGUUACGCUCAUGAUGAUGCAUGAAGAGCUGUAUGAUUUCUUAAACAGACGGCGGUCGGUGGGUUCGCUCCGCUGGUUCCUGGAGGAACCGGACUCUCCGACCCCGUUGCAGGAGUACCUGCAGAAGCUACUGGAGAUGAAGAUGCUCAGUAGUGAUCAGUUUGAUAACCUGGAAAAGCACACACAGUGGGGAAUCGACUUUGUGGAAAAAUACACCAAAUUUGUGAAGGAAAGGUCUGAGAUCGAGCUUAACUAUGCAAGACAGAUCAGGAAUCUGUCCAAGAAAUACCAGCCUAAGAAGAAAGAGGAAGACGACAAUAAGUACACAUGGUGCCGCGCGUUUCAUUCGACGCUAAACGAGCUGAACGAUUACGCCGGGCAGCAUGAGCUCAUCGCAGAGAACAUGACGUCACAGAUCAUCGCCGAACUCACGCGAUACGCGCAGGAAAUCAAAACAGAGAGGAAAGCGCAUUUCCAUGAUGGACGGAAGGCACAGCAACAGGUCGAAGCCAGUUGGAAACAGCUGGAAUCGUGUAAGCGGAAGUUUGAGCGGGAUUGUAAAGAAGCAGAUCGAGCCCAGCAGUACUUUGAGAAGCUGGACGCAGACAUCAACGUGACGAAAGCAGACGUGGAGAAGGCACGGCAGCAGGCUCAGAUGAGACACCAGAUGGCUUCUGACAGCAAGAAUGAAUAUUCCUCAUGUCUGCAGAAGUUCAACCAGGAACAGAAUGAACAUUAUUACACCAUCAUCCCUAAUAUCUUCCAGAAGAUCCAGGCAAUGGAGGAGAAGAGGAUAGAGCGAAUGGGCGAGUCGCUGAAGACAUUUGCGGAGGUCGACCGACAGAUUCUGCCCAUCAUUGGGAAAUGCCUGGAUGGAAUAACACAAGUGGCCGAGUCCAUCGAACCCAAGAAUGACUCCUCUCAGGUCAUAGAGUCGUAUAAGUCUGGGUUCGAGCCUCCUGGCGAUGUGGAGUUUGAAGACUACGGUCAGGCGAUGAAGAGGACGGUGUCUGAGACCAGUCUGACUAACUCACGCUCGGACAGCAAAGCGGACCGUUCCAGCAAGGGCAAGAGCAAAACUCUCUGGCCUUUCAUUAAGAAAAACAAGCUUAUGUCCCUGUUAACAUCCCCCAUACCUCGCCAGCCCCCUCCUGACCCUCCCUCACCUUCUGCUGUGACCCCUGACCCCUGCCCCACUCCCCAGACCCCCAAACAGUCCAAGGAGCCCUUGUCCCACCGAUUCAACGACCUCAUGACCUCCAAGCCCAAAAUGCACUGCCUCAGGAGCCUCCGGCGAGGGCUCUCUUUAAAGCUGCUCUCACUCAAUGCCCACGUGCGGAACCUUAUUGAGGGUUCGAAUCCUGAGGACUUCAGUCAUCUUCCUCCAGAGCAGAGAAGGAAGAAGCUUCAGGCGAAGAUCGACGACAUCAAUAAAGACAUACAGAAAGAGAUGGACCAGAGAGAUGCUUUGACUAAAAUGAAGGAAGUGUAUGUAAAGAACCCACAGAUGGGGGAUCCCAACAGCGUGGACCCUCGGUUAGCAGAGAUCGCCCACAACAUUGAGAAACUGCAGGCGGAGGCACAGAAAUUUGAGGGCUGGUUAGCGGAGGUCGAAGGAAGGAUGCCGGUAAAGAGUGACCCCCCAAAGAGGACGAGUGUUCUAUACGAGACCCAAAACAGCACACCACCCACCAACAACAACUGCGCACAGGAUAGAGAGAGCAGUCCGGAUGGCAGUUAUACAGAGGAACCGAGUUCUGAGGUCCAGAGUAAAGUCCAACCUGAAACAGCAGAGUCUGGAGAUGAAUUUGAUGACGCAGAUGAAGAAAUGCUACCGACCAUCGGCACCUGCAAAGCCCUCUACCAGUUUGAAGGUGCUAAUGAAGGCACUAUCUCAGUAGUGGAGGGUGAGCUCUUGUAUGUAAUAGAGGAAGACAAAGGUGAUGGAUGGACGCGUAUUAGAAGAAACGAGGAAGAGGAGGGUUACGUCCCCACAUCCUACGUCGAGGUCUUUCUGGACUCCAACGCCAAAGAUUCGUAAAGUAUGGAAGGAGGACUCUGGUGCAGGGCAAACAGCAGCCACAUGUGAGGAAAACUACAGCCUACCCUCCAUGAACCGCCCUAGAGUGAGACAGAUGAGAGACAGGCACAAAACAAAGAGAGGAACAGUGAAAGAAGCGAGAGGAAGAGGCUAUAGAGACCUCUCGGUCUAAAUUCUCCUGCUGUAGAGAGGAACUUUAUCAGUGAAUCAGAGAAAUAUUAUGGCAUUUAGAUUUAUUACCUGUCUGUUAUUUUAUAAUGAGGUGAAUAUGAUCUGCAUAUAUCAUUUUGCUUUACGGCUCUUCAUCGCUGCUGAAUGGCGCUAAACUUUCUUUCAGCCUGUGCGAGUGAGUGUAUGUAUGUGUGUUUGUCUUUAACCGUCUUGUGUCAAAUUUCCUCACCUUUCCUCGAACUAAAACCCUGGGAAUGUGGUCUGCUAAAGGAGCUGAAUUUGCGGUACCACGACAGUGCUGCGUUCCAUCCAUAUUCAUAUUAUAUAUAGCUUGAUGCUCGAAAGAUGAUGUACACUACUGGUCAAAAGUUUGGAACAAUUAAGAUUUUUAAUGUUUUGCUAUUCUGC